AUGAGCAUCUGGAGGAUACCGGAGCAUCUGGAGGAUACCGGAGCAUCUGGAGGAAACUGGAGCAUCUGGAGGAAACUGGAGCAUCUGGAGGAAACUGGAGCAUCUGGAGGAUACCGGAGCAUCUGGAGGAUACCGGAGCAUCUGGAGGAAACUGGAGCAUCUGGAGGAUACCGGAGCAUCUGGCGGAUACCGGAGCAUCUGGAGGAAACUGGAGCAUCUGGAGGAAACCGGAAUCUGGAGGAUACCGGAGCAUCUGGAGGAAACUGGAGCAUCUGGAGGAUACCGGAGCAUCUGGCGGAUACCGGAGCAUCUGGAGGAAACUGGAGCAUCUGGAGGAUACCGGAGCAUCUGGAGGAUACCGGAGCAUCUGGAGGAUACCGGAGCAUCUGGAGGAAACUGGAGCAUCUGGAGGAUACCGGAGCAUCUGGAGGAUACCGGAGCAUCUGGAGGAAACUGGAGCAUCUGGAGGAUACCGGAGCAUCUGGCGGAUACCGGAGCAUCUGGAGGAAACUGGAGCAUCUGGAGGAAACCGGAAUCUGGAGGAUACCGGAGCAUCUGGAGGAAACUGGAGCAUCUGGAGGAUACCGGAGCAUCUGGAGGAAACUGGAGCAUCUGGAGGAUACCGGAGCAUCUGGCGGAUACCGGAGCAUCUGGAGGAAACUGGAGCAUCUGGAGGAAACCGGAAUCUGGAGGAUACCGGAGCAUCUGGAGGAUACCGGAGCCGUUACCGGAUGUAACGGGUGA